AUGGGGUGUCUCAACCAUCGCCGGAAGGGCAUCCAGUACAAGGCGGAACAGAAGUGGGAUUACAUUUCUCUGAACGACUUCCGCUCGCGAGGAUGCCUCACCCCGUUCGCUUACUUUUACCUCUGGCUCAUGUUGUUCAUCUCCGUCGCUGUCUACGGUGUCGAUAUGUUCACGGCCGUCAACCUGCUCGCCUUCGACAAGUGGUCAUCCGAAAUCGAUCCCGCCAUCGACUUUAAGAUAUCGAAGUGGAUCUUUUCCGUCUCCAUCAUCGCCUCCUUCGUCAACCUCGCCUUUGAGCAGUUCCGGGCUAUGCGUGUAAUGAAGCGAGGAAACGUUGCUGAAUGCUACCUGGACAACAUCGCCGUCCGAUUGGAGAGUACUCGGAUGGGCAAAGGACAGGGAUGGCGACGAUUUCUCGUAUUCGCCGAGCUCACGAAGAGCAAGAAGGGAGCCGAGUAUAUCGCUCUGUUCACCUACUUCAGCUUGCAAUCUUGGAUCCGCGUCAUGGUCUGUUCUGGUCCCCGUCAGGUCGUCAACGCCCUGACGCUCAAGUCCGUCUACGACGCCAAGCUUGCCGUUCACGAGGCAUCCGUCGAGGGUUCUCUGCUGGGUUUCUUUGAAAAGAUUAGGUCUCUUGCCACCGAGGACUACCAGCAGGCCCUGAUCCUGUCUGGUAUGCUCUUCACCCUCGUCAUCUGGGUCUUUUCCGCUCUGUACCUCAUUCUGGCUGUCAUGUUCUACGUUUUCUUCCUCUGGCACUGGAUCCCCAAGGACGACGGUGGCCUUUCCGGAUACUGCGAACGCAAGGUCAACAAGGCUCUCACCAAGAUCGUCACCGCCAAGGUCAAUAAAGCAUUCGCCAAACAGGAAGCGGACAGGAAGAAGGCGGAAAUGCGGGCAGCCAAGAAGAACGGCGAAAAGAUUGCCCCGGAGCGACAGGCCACUCUGCCAACCCUACCCAACGUGGGCGAUCCAGACAAGCUCGCCGAGAUGCCCAUGUUUGGUCGCAGCGAUACCUUUGCAACGCUUCCCCCGUACGAGUCCCGGCCUGGAACCCCCGGCAGCAUCGAGCUUGGUGCCAUGGAUCGAAAGCGGCCCAUGCCUCCUUCGAGAAUGGGCACCACGACGUCGACUGCCAGCUACUCCUCCAGCGCUCCUCUCGUUGGCGGCGCUGCGGACAUGGGCUACCAGCGAUCAGCAUCCCCUGCUCCCUCUCUCCCGCCUUUGGACCUGAACAACUACCCACCUGUUCGCCCGGGUACCUCGAACUCGCAAAGAAGCUUCCGCCCCGCGCUGUCACAUGUGCACACCAACUCGCAAAGUUCGCUGCGAAAUAUCUCGGAGAGCCCCGCAACUUACUCUCCGGAUACGAUGCCACCCUUCCCGCCUCCUGCCCGAACCAACACUGGUGGCAGCACCAGAAGCUACAACCAGCGGCCUCCUCCCAGGGCCACCUACGACGACUACUCCAGUCAGUCCAACGGCCGAGCCAGCCCUGCGCCGUCGACCUACUCGGCGCGCUCUGCGGCCCCUCGCGGUCCCGCGAUGAACGGCCCGGGAUACCAGGCCUACCAGCCGUACAACGCCAACCCCCAACGGAGCGCCACCGGCCCCGUCCCCCCUCGCGGCCCGCCCACUGCUCCCACGCGGAACAUGACGGCGCCAGUGCCUGUUCGACCGCAGCAGGACUACUUUGCCCGUCCGGGAACGUCUCAGAGCCAGAGACCUCCACGAAACAACCAGGGUUACGGCGGCUACAACGACGACGUGGAGGCUCAACAGGGCCCGCGGUACUAG